AUGCCCACCGCCGAAACCCUCUUCUCUGCAGCCUACCUAGACAGUCCGGUGUUCAAUCUCGACGACGGCAGCCUCUGGGUGAGCGAUAUACAGAACGACCGGGUGCUGCGGCUGCUCGACGUCUCGCCCAAGACGGAUGCCGCCAAGCGGCUGGCCGGCACCAAGGGCAGCAACAAGGAUAAGAAGGAGCUGGCCGACCUCGUCAUGACUCCAUCCGGCCGUGCGCGAGGGAUUGCCUUCGACCAGCGCGGCCGGCUGGUGAUGUGCGAGUCCGGCGGACGCCGAGUAACGCGCCUGGAGGUCGAUGGCAGGUUGACGGUCCUGGCGGAGAAGAUCGACAACAAGCGCCUGAACAGCCCGGACGACCUCGUGAUCGACAGCAAGGGCCGCAUCUACUUCACCGAUCCGCGCUUUGGCGCCAGGGACGACAUGGACAUGGUGACCGAGGGCGUGUACCGCAUUGACGUCGACGAGUAUCAGGGUAAGCACAGGGUGACGCGGAUCAUGGACAAUAAGUACGUGAAGCGACCGGCGGGGGUGGUCCUGUCGCCCGACGAAACGAAGAUCUAUCUGGUGGAGGCCCACCCGUCGUCCCCUCGCCUCGUCGUCUUCGAGCUCAAGCGCGACGGUACCGUCGUCGACGCGCCGCCCUACAUCGUGCACGACUUUGACAAGGGCAAGGGCGGCGACGGCCUCUGCAUCGAUUCUCACGGUAACCUGUACGUGGCCGGCGGCUCGAACUCGCAGUCGCAGAACCCGGCCGGCGUCUACGCCUUCUCGCCCGAGGGCACCCACUUGGGCUUCAUGCCUAUCCCUGAGGAUGAGGUGGUCAGCUGUCGAUUCGGCGGGUGGGACAUGCGAACCCUCUACGUGACUGCUGGUGGCGGCAUCUACCAGGCCAGGAUGCCGAUUCCAGGGUUCAACGCCAACUUCUACCCGCGGGAGGACGAGGAGAGGGAAGUACACGUGUGGGAGGACGAACCGCCGCCUCCUUCGCCCACACCCGCCGCCACGCCUUGCCCCAUCGACGAACGGGUGUCGGAGAACGGAAUGCUGAGAGAGAGGAUAGCGGAACUGGAGCAGGAGCUCGCGGCUCAGGAGCAGAAGCUGAAGGAGCUGGCCGAGGGCUCGUCAGCGCAGGGGCUGCCGCGGCGAAGACGGCGACGAAGGCUCGUGCGGAGGCGGCCGGAUGACUAUGACGACUACGACGAGUACGACGACGACUACCCGGACUACGACGACUACGACGAUCGGCGUAGCGGCGGCGGCGGACGACGGAGGUACGCCGACGAGGAGUGGGAGGAGUGGGAGGAGGUGUACGACGAGCGGGAGGUACCACAGCCAAGCCGAGGACUGAACCCCAACGGCGGAGGAGGCGGAAGUGUCGGCAACGGACUGAGGCGGCCGCCACAGCCGGUCAAGCGCCGGGCGGCGAUCCGACAGGUCAAGGGCGAAGACCCAGAGCAGGGCGGCCAGAUGAGCCGAGGAGGCGCGACUGACCGGAGGAGCGACGUGAGGCACAUCUUCGAACGGGGAUACGACGAACUCUGA